AUGGAUUGGAUAAUUUCUGAUGAGUUGGGGCUAACUGUUGGCCACCUCGUGGGCUGGGGGGCAGCAGGUGCUAUGAUUGUAGGUGGUGUAGCCCCAUACAUCCCUCAAUAUCGACAAAUAAAAAGGACUCAAGAUGCUGAAGGCUUUUCGUUAUAUGUUUGCUUGGCACUUUUAAUUGCAAACACUUUAAGAAUUUUGUUUUGGUUUGGUAAACGAUAUGAAUUACCCUUAUUAAUACAAAGCAUUGUUAUGAACUUCACAAUGUUUGUUAUGAUUCAUUUAUGUGUAACAGUUCGUAAAAAGAAUCAGAUUAUAAGAGCAAGGGAGCGAAUAUUUACAGACCAGCCGGAUGAAACUGCUCGCUGGUUGGACCAACGUAGCGGGGUAGCAACUAGAGAAAAACCACACCGCUUUUAUGACAUGGAGAGGAAGUAUUUCUGGGCGUGGACGGACUUCCAGAGCUACUUGGACUGCAUGCUGGUAUUCUCUGUAUUCGGGGCUGCGGUCACGUACCUCUUGAUUGAAUUCUCGCCAUUUGUCGAGUUGAUCGGCUUCCUAGCCGUGUUUACGGAAGCGAUGCUCGGUGCCCCACAGAUAGCGAAGAAUCAUCAAAACAAAAGCACCGAAGGAAUGAGCGUGAGCAUGGUCGUCAUGUGGACAUGUGGUGACAUAUUCAAGACUGCAUAUUUCGUAAUAAGAGAAGCGCCCACACAGUUUUGGGUGUGCGGAAGUCUUCAAGUAUCUCUAGAUAUAGUAAUUCUCUUCCAAGUAUGGCUGUAUCGCCACAACACGGCGGCGGCGAGACGCGUGCGCCGCGGCGACUAG